GAAUCAUGAGAAUCAUAGUCCUCCAAAACAUCAAAUCCCUCCAGUAGAAGAAGAUGAAGUAGAGUAGUUCCUACACAAAGUGUUCAGAAAUGUGACAGUCUUAAAAUGAGUUGAUAUCUGCCACUGUGGACCCCACUCUCUCAAAUCUUGUAGAAUACAGUACAUUAAAAAUUGCCCACUCACCUACAAUCACAGACGCCACCCCUUCCUACACUUUUCAUCUCUCUCUCUCUCUCUGCACACACUCCCAUGUGCAUUGCUUCAUCAUUUCUUGCUGUCUUAUUUUCCCCAUCAUCAUAGACUUCCAACAAAAACAAAAAACAAGGCUUUUUCAAGAACAUGGGCUUUCACUCUGUGUACUGAAACCCAACCCCUUUGAUUUGGUUUUGUUUAGCUUCAUUUGAUUUUUCUAGUCAUGGAUUCAAGAACCCUUCUUGAUUAUGCUUUGUUUCAGCUCACACCCACUAGAACCAGAUGUGAUCUUGUGAUAUUUGCUGGAGGAAAGAAUGAGAAAUUAGCUUCUGGGCUAGUGGAGCCCUUCAUUUCUCACCUUCAAGCUGCUAAAGAUCAGAUUCCGAAAGGUGGGUAUUCAAUUACUCUUCGUCCACCCAACGCUCAUGCUUCCUGGUUUACCAAAGCAACUUUUCAGAGAGUUGUUCGCUUUAUAAGCACACCGGAAAUUCUUGAGAGGUUCGUUCGUAUAGAGCGUGAAAUUGUUCAGAUUGAGGGUUCCAUUCGAUCUAAUGAAUUGUCGACCACAGAUGCAGCUGUAAAUUCUGGAGAAGUAGGUUCUUUGUCAGCUGCUAAUGAUGUAACAAAAGGAUCACCAGAUCCCUCUAAGGUCAAAGGCGAGACUGGUAAAAAAGAUGUACCAGAAGAUGAGAAUUCAAAGAUUUGCCUUCAACGUACCUUGGAGACUCGGAAAGUCUUGCUUCGGAAAGAACAAGCCAUGGCUUAUGCUCGUGCCCUUGUGGCAGGAUUUGACAUGGUUAAUAAUGACGAUCUCAUGUUAUUUUCUGAUGCCUUUGGAGCCAAACGUUUGAGGGAAGCAUGUCUUGAGUUCAAGGACCUGUGCAAGAAGAAGCUGACAGAUACUCUUUGGAUGGAUGAGUUGGCUGCUAUGGCAGCAUGUCCGCCGUCAGAACUACCAUAUCUGGGAACAUCUGGGAUUAUACUUACAUCUGAAGGGAAUAACACUGAUGGUGAGCUUCCUGUGGCUGACCAGACACCAUCCACUCCAGCCAAAGUUCAAGUGCAUCUGCCUUGGCAAAACCAGAUUCCUCCCUAUAUGUAUAAUUAUCAGAACUCUGUUCAAGGUUUUCCUUAUCCUGGUAUGCAGCCUGUACCUCCAUAUUAUCCAGGGCACAUGCAAUGGUCUCCAAAUAUGGAUGAUUCUGGUCAUCGACAUCGGCGGAGGUCUUCUUCAAGAAAGAAAGGAAAAUCCUCUGAAACUUCAUCGGAAGAAGAACAGGUGGCAUCUGGUGACUCUGACGAUGGGACUGAGCCAGAUGCUGUUAAGAAGCAUGACGGAGAGCAUUCUUCUGGGGAGAAACCAAUUACUAGAAAACACAGGAAGAAAUCCUCAAAGACUGUUGUCAUCCGGAAUAUCAACUACAUCACAUCCGACAAAAGGAAUGGAGAAAAGGGUGGCGAUUCGGAAGACGAUUCAUCAGUCAAUGGUGAGCUGAUUGACGAAGAAUACCUUAGACAGAAGGUACAGGAUGCAGUUGGAUCUCUGGAGAAACAUCGCAAGUCCCGUGCAAAUAAAAACAAAGGUACAGAUCAGCAUAACAUUGAAAAUGGAAUGGAUGAUUUCACUAACGGUGAUUCGGAAAAUGUUCAAUCUUCUGGAGGAAAACAUAGUGCGUGGGAUGCUCUGCAGAAUCUUUUGAUGAGGGAAGAUGAGUCAGCAUAUAUAGGAAAUAAAGAGGAACACUUUGGAAAUAGCAACACGAUAGACUUGGGAAACGAGAAAAGUGCAAUGCGAAAAAAAACAACUGCAAAUGAUUCCUUUGUUGUAUCUAAUAGAGCUGAAGGAAAUAUAGGUAGAGGUGAUUCGGAAGAUUUUGCAAAUGCUGAGAAUAUGCGCUCGUUGAUGAGCAGAGGGGAAACUGUAGAUGCACAGUUGUUGGUUUCAAGAAACUUGGAUGGUUCUGGCCAGAGAACUGUGUCUGAUUUUAUCACAGAACCUUCCACAAUUAAAAAAGCAAGCGGAGAUGAUUGGUUUGUGAUGAACCAGUCUACAAUAUCAGAAAACCAGGGGCAGAGAACAGGGCAAACCAUUUUUGAUGGCGAUUAUGCUUUGUCAACUGAUAAAGAGAAGAGCAAAACUGUGCCAGCCAUUGAUGAUUCUUUCAUGGUACAAACACGUACAUCAGCUGAUGAAAAUUCUCAGUGGAGAACGGACAUAAGCAUGAUGGAAGGGUCAAAUGUAGUUCCCCAGUCUGAAACUAAUAACCAGGAUGUUUCACAUGCCAAGUCUGUGUCGAAUUCGUUUGAACCUGAUGACUUUUGUGUAAUGGUUGGACGAGACUCUGGACUGUCUCCUGGAGCAUCUUGGGCUCCAGAAAUGGAUUAUGAAACUGAAAUUUCUUUCACUAAAGCUGAUAAAAAGUCUGCUCCAGUUGAGUUGACUAAUGAUGAACCAAAGCCUCCAGCCAGUGGUAAAAAGACAAUCAGCAAGAAACCUGUAGGCCCUGGAACUAAAAGUCUGGGAAGAGAAACAAGGUCUAGCAUUUUGCGUGGAUCUCUUGCAACAAGCAGAUCAGAUAUUUUGUCUAAAAGCAAAAGCAGGCCAAUGAUAAACAAGAGCAAAUUGGAGAAGGAAGAAGAGAUCCGAAAGAGAAUGGAAGAUCUAGUGAUUGAACGCCAAAAGAGAAUUGCUGAAAGAAGUGCAGCUAGUCCUGCAGCAUCAAAGAGGAUCCCAGCUGGAACUAAAAAGACAUCUGUCAGUUCAGUCAAAGACCAGAAGGGAGGAUCUGAUUUGUCAAAAUCUUCCCAACUUAAAAAGAACAAAAUCUGAGGAUACAAACAUAGGGCACUUGCAUGAUCGAGGAGAAAUCACAGCUACACCUACUUGAAAGUAAUUUGAGGAAUAUUCAGAAAAUGUUGGCCAUCGGCUACAUGGUAAUGUCAGCGUUUGUUUUUGAGGUGGUUGAAGCGCUUUUAAGCCUAAUUAAUUUAAAGAGUUUGUACGUUUUGAAGAAGCUAGCUUGAAGCUUGCAGCACAUAGCCAUUUUUUUUAAAUAAAUAUUUAGACGAUAUAUUGUUGUGGUGGUUUGUAGAUAGUGUAAAGAUUUCUUAUAAUUUGGCUAUUGUAUAAUUAUUAAUAAAGUUUUCGAUGUAUGAUUGUUGCAUGAGAACGGUAAACUCGUUACCUUUGCUGUAGAGAUUUGUUCCAACCCUGUGCAGAAUUUGAGAUUAUUUCUUUGUAUGUAUUUGAUGCGUGUACAUUUU